UACUGGUGUUCAGGAGAUCUCUAAAAACAUCCCAGAAAAGAAAAAAGAAAAACUUGACAAAAGGAGAGAAAACCAAAACCUAAAAAAGAUAAAGGUGAAGAUCAACCCAAAACGACAUGAAGAUCAUCACAGACAUAGACACCAUUUUCUCAAAAGCCGCAAGUCAAGCAAGCAGUGCUGGGCCUCGAGGACUUCCAGAAAGCGUUCCCGUAUCAGUGCUUCUGGCAUUUGGGAGCAUUGUGGAAAAUGCCAUUGUUUUCCAACAACUUCACUAGGAAAUGACCAAAAUCUGCAAGAGCCAUCUUACAGCACAAUGGAUAAAGCAUCUUUCACUUUGGAAAAGGCUGAGAUGAAACAAGAUACUCCUGGGCUUAAUGAAUGCUCAAGUGACAGCUUAUUACUUCAAAGAAUUUCUACAAUUCAAGAAGUACCUACAUACUCCUGUCCACUGUCUAAUAAUGUAGCAGCAGAAAAACCCAGCAGCCUAGAUAGUUGCUCCUUAGGAAUCUUUCCAAAAGAACACCACCCAGAUGUGGAUUCUGACUACUGCGGGCCUUCCAUUGAACCUUAUAAUUUGGAAUUCAAAGAUACAAAGAAGAGCCAACCAUGUAACUUUGUGGGAUCACAGAUUACUCGGCCUAUUUUUGUUAAUUCAAAAGCAGGUUGUAAUAAUGUAGAAUCAAAGGAUAAAAAUGUUACCAUUCUAGAGCCUCCUAUUCCUAUCGCCGGAAGAAAAGAACAAGUCAUAAAUGGAGAUUUGUAUCCUCCUUCAAAAGAGCAAUUUGUUCCCACAUGCCAAAAUCCAUGUUCUGUUUCGCUCACAUCAAGACUACUUACUGAGACAUCUGUUUCAAAUAAAUCCUUACCUGGAACUCCAUCUAAACAAAAACAAAGCCUGGAAGCAAUGAAUAAGCCAACUCAUUUGGAAUAUGAGGAUGUAAGCAGCAGUGAUGAUGAAGAUAGGCUGGUUAUAGAAAUCUAAGGAAUAGGCUACCUAUUAUUUAAAGCAGGAGCUCAAUAUGAAGGGGCAGCCAUCAUCAGUCUGCCUUUCUCUUGUAUCUUCAGUGUCAAAAGCCGUUCCCAUGCAUAUAUUUGCCAAGGAUCUGGGCUUCUUUGUAUGUGCUUUUCUUUUAUAUGAGCAAUUAGUUGCACAUUUAAAUGCCCACAAUAAGCUUAGUACAUCAUAAUUUCUCUCUUCAUCAAAUUCUCUGUAUAUUCAACCCCAUUUUAUCACUUUCUAUUCAUAUUACAGAAAGUAAAUCAGACAAGAAUCACUUGCCUCAUUUGAGAAGUGGAAAGUUGGCCCUGAAAUAGGAAAACAACUUCUUUUCUCAGCUGCUCUGUGCUGCUUAUUUACUAUAACUUUUCCCUUCUACAAUUUUGCAUGAAAUCAAUGUCCUUGAGGCACUCUACAGUAUUUUUGUAUUGCACAAAUAUUCCAUUUUCUCUUUUGGCAAAGAACCCAAGCACGCAUUGCUUUGUUUUGUGCCUUCUCUGUAGAGAUCUGUAUGUAUUUCCUUGUUUCUUUGAUGCAAGGUUACCUUUUCCAAUAUAGAAGAUAUUCUUUGACUCAUUUCUCAGGUCAGUUGGGGAAAAUAUUUAUUAUUCCAAAUGAAAAUGUGCAUGAGUUUUGUCACAAAGAACUGAAAGCAUAAAUAAUCAAGGUACUCCUUUUCUUUCCUCCCCUUCUAUACACGUUAAAUCUGUGCACUUAAGGUGGCAGUUAAACUUUUGUUGAGGAACUUUGUUCAGUUGGCUAUCAUACACUGUCCAAUUGGUUAUCAUGCACUUCGCUGAACACAUCUCCAUUGCAUUAGAACACUGUUGUGAAGCAAUGGUCAUUUGAAGCUUAACUGCACUGUUGUAUUAUACUUGUUUUAUAUUUAACCUUUCAUAUUUUUUUAAAUUUUGUGUUAAAAGCUAUUAAAACUUUCAUGUAAAAUUCAUAGGUGCCUUUCUUUGAGCAGGAGACAGAUUGAUCAUGAUAAUCUGUAGGUUGUUCCUAAUCAUGGUCCCAGUCACGCAGUAAAGAGAGAAAAAAACACAUUUCUGCAAAACUAAAA